ACAAAACGCAGUCAUUUGGUUUGCUUAAGAGGGAAAAAUAUAUGUAUGUUAAAAGAAAAACCAUCAUGACACAAUGUGCCCCGCUGAGUUUUUUAUCCUGAACGUGACUCAGGCCGCAGAUGGAGAACACCCUGAUCUGACCGGCUACACACCCGGCCGAGGCACAGCUUCAAGUGCAGGACAUUCACCAGAAGGUGGACAGGGCGGCCUAACCAGAGGCCGGCCAGGCCUGGUAGUGGUUGCUGUGGCAGUUCUUCUGCUUUACCCCGUGUAUCGUGGAGCUCGGGCCAUAAAAAGCUUUUGGCUAUCAAGGAAGAUCAAGCAACGGGCUCCUCCUGGAAGAGCCGGGGCGCGUCUGAAAUGAGAGGGAACCCAGCUGGGAGCACCCGGACUGGCACGCAUUUGGCAGCACCUUAGACAGAAUUUUCCGCGUAUUUUUUAAUAGUUUUUUACUGUUUUUCUUAUCAUCUAGUUCUGUGUACAAUGUGUUGAACAGUCCGGUCAGUUGCUUCUAUUGAAUGGAGGUUCCCACCUGAUGACCCCUGUGUAGUGUUGGUCUGUGCAGGGAUCACAGUGUUAGAGGUUCAGUUGUUGAAUUUAGACAAUUAUUCAUCAAGCCUGCUCCAUUUGUUUGUAGCAUAAGUCUGUUGUAGCUCUUUGUAAAAUACAAUAGCUUUGCUUGGCUUGUGGUUUCCGUAACACUUUAGCGGAAUUCCUAAUCGUUCUCGUCAGGUGUUGCAACAGCAUUUUAAAAGUCUUUCCAUGAUCUGUGACUCUGUAUAUAUCAUAGAAAGGGAAAUGUUUAAAUACAUUUUGCAUGGGACACGUGCGCAAAUUAACCCCCUUGGGGUGAAUUAUACCUUCUAUGUGGACAGUUUUAUGGCCACGUGUAAAACAGCAUUUUGUCCGUAAACAUCAGUUUUACACAUUAUAGUACAAGUCUUUUUUUUCCAAUCUCCAGCAAAUACAAACUUGUUUUGUUUUUUUGUUUAUUCGAAGUUUGACAAAAGAUGGCGCAUUUUUUGUUGUUGUUUUCUUGCUUUGUUUUAUAUCACAAAAUAUUAUUGG